AUGAAAUUUACCGUGCUUCUCGCUGCUCUCGUCCCAAGUGCGCUGGGCACGACUAUAUACAUGGCGGGAGACUCCACCAUGGCGAAAGGUGGCACUGGCUCUGGUACCGCAGGAUGGGGUGAAUAUGUAGCACCCUAUACGACAUCGACGGUGUCCAACCAGGCCGUGGCAGGCCGCAGCGCCCGAUCUUAUACACGCGAAGGCCGAUUUAACACAAUUGCAGAAGAGGUGCAGUCGGGGGACUGGGUGAUCAUCGAGUUCGGACACAAUGAUGGCGGUUCGCUGUCAACAUCGGAUAACGGCCGUACCGAUUGCUCCGGCACUGGAAGCGAGACCUGCAGUACAGUCUAUGAUGGCGUCUCCGAGACCGUGCUGACCUUCCCGGCGUAUUUGGCGAACGCAGCCAAUAUGUUCACAGCCAAGGGCGCCAAUGUGCUCAUCUCUAGUCAGACACCCAACAAUCCUUGGGAGACGGGAGCCUUCACCUACACUCCGUCGCGAUUUGUCGCGUAUGCCAAACUGGCCGCCAAGGCUGCGGGCGUUUCAUAUGUCGAUCACGGAGCCUAUGUUGCAAACAUCUUUGAGACUCUAGGGGCAGAUGUCGUCAAUGGUUACUUCCCCCUUGACCAUACCCAUACCAGUGCUGAAGGCGCCCUGGUGGUGGCCCGGUCAUUCUUCAAGGCGGUCGUCUGCGGAGGAGUUGCACUAGAGAGCGCUCUGAACACCACUGAUUUCCUGGGCGAGUGUCUGUAA